UUUAGAAAUUUUGUAUUAAUCGCUUCCAGAAUUACUUUUGCUCUUAUAUGAAAAAUCUUUUUAUCUAUUUUAUGUCCCUUACUGUUUUAGAUCAAUUGUCCCAGAGAUCAGCCCCCAUGACUUCCGGAUCACGUGACAUUCAGAGAGAGACAGUUCUCCACUUAAAGUUACUCAUCUCUCUCUUUCUCUAACACAAACACAUAUAACAGCUUUCCAUUGAUAAGAAGAGAGCGAAGUAUUAAACGAAAGAGAAGCUCCAUUCAACAUGACAAACAAGGAUAGCGUAAACUCUGACUCAACCUGCAUAUCAUUAUUCUUUGUUCUCUUCUGAUUCAUGCUGAAUAUCUAUAUCAUAUACAUAUAUAUAUACAUUAAAAUAUGGGAUAUUAUCAUCUUUUCCUGUUUCAGUAUAGCUCAAUCAGAAAAUUUCUUUACAUCAGAUAAGAAGUUUAUCUUACCUGCGACGAUAAUUAAAUAUUUACAAUAUAAUCUUUGAAUGAAUGUUUGUCUUACAUCAACAUUAUUAUCAAUGUUUUGAAACUGUAAAUUGUUACACGAUUAUGUGAUUAAAGUAAUUAUUUUCAAAUAGUGCACCGCAACGGUGCAAUUUAGCAAAUCGAGAUACAAUGUUACUACAGAGGCUCUUUCGUGUUACAAACUAUAGAAUUUUGCAAAGAGUUAUAUAUAAAGAUAUUUAUUCAGUGUAUAAGAAGGAAAGCGGUAUACAAACUAUCAGAAAACUAUGGAUAACAUCGCCAUUCACCAUAAUGGGAGUAUGGGGAUUCAUAAAGAACAAAGAUGAGAUUGAAACACAAAUUACGACAAAAGAAGUUCUUAUUGCCAAAGUGGAUGCACUGUUUGAUCAGGGAGACUAUAAAAGUAUAUACAAUAUUUUGUCAAAAUAUGAGGAUAGUAAGGAUGUUGAAAUCUUGUGGCGUUUAUGUAGAGCCAUUUAUAAAAUGUCUGAAAUGGCCAGUGAUGUGGAAGCACGAAAGUUGAUUUAUAAAGGAUACGAUUUGAUAAGUAAGGCUCUUGAUAUUCAAGAAGAUCAUUAUGCUGUUCAUAAAUGGAUGUCUAUAUUCCUUAACAGUAAAGCUACUUUCGAAGGCACAAAAGCACAUAUUAAAGAAUUGUACAACAUUAAAAAACAUUUGUUGAGAGCAUCGGAAUUAAAACCUACUGAUGCAACGACGCUCUACAUGCUUGGAUGCUGGUGUUACGAGAUUUCGAGUUUGGCAUGGUAUCAACGAAAAAUAGCAUCUAUUAUAUUUGAAGAACCGCCAACUUCGUCCUUUGAAGAAGCAUUAAUGUAUCAUGAGAAUGCCGAGAAAAUUGAUCCAAACUUUUACAGUCGUAAUUUAUUAAUGUUAGGAAAAACAUAUCUGAAACUGAAUCGUAAGGAAGAUGCCGUAAAAUAUUUAAAAAAGGCUGUUGAAUUUUCUGCCAAAACUGAUGAUGAUCAGAAAGCAAAACAGGAAGCGCAGAAAAUAUUGAGCAGUAUUUAGGGAUAUAAAGAAUACAGAUAAAUUUAAAUAUUUUUAUACUUUUUUAA